AUGGUAGACAACAUGACCACUGAUGCAGUUGCAACCAGUACUUCUGGUAAUUCACAAUACAGCAUUCCAACAAGUCUCCAAAAGCAAGAAUGGGCCAAACAGCAAUCCAUCCUCAAGCAGAAUCUGAUUGAGACAGACGACCAUCCGGACUGGACACUUGAACUCAGCCCUGAUGAUACGUAUCAUAUUGAAAGCACAGAGGGAUUAAAGUACAUUGGCGGUGUUGAUCUAAGUUUUAUUGUUGGCAACAAUGAAGACGCUAUUGCAUCCUUGAUUGUUCUUUCAUAUCCUGAACUUGAAGUUGUGUAUGAGGAUCAUGCAAAAGUCAAAUUAACGCUUCCAUACAUAGCAGGUUACCUCGCUUUCCGUGAAGUAGAGCCUCUUCUGUCUUUGAUCCAAACUCUUCGUAGUAACCAUCCAGAACUGGUGCCUCAAAUCAUUUUGGUUGAUGGCUGUGGUAUCCUUCAUCCCCGUGGUUUCGGUCUAGCCUCUCAUUUGGGCCUUGUCUCUCAUAUCCCAACUAUUGGCUGUUCCAAAAACUACCUUGUCAUCGAUAAUGAUGGCCCCAUCCUGGGGGCUCAACCGACAGCGCUAAAGUACAUUUUCAGGGAUUAUGUCCAGCAACAUCCAGAAACUAAGGGCAUGAUGUUGUUGAAGGGUACAGUCACAGGGAAGACAUAUGGAGCAGCUCUUUCUGCAGCUACUCGUGCAAAUGACAAAAAGAUUAUAGAAGCGGGAAUACAGAAUCCUAUUUUUGUGUCUAUUGGACAUAAAGUCUCAUUAGCGACCGCAGUAGCCUUGGUCAGACAGUGUUCGUUAUAUAGAGUACCAGAGCCGAUUCGACAAGCGGAUCUGAAGAGUCGGACUGAAAUCAAAAAAUGGAUUCGCCAGCAAAAUGAAGAUAAGCAAGCAGACAAUCUUCAAUAG